GUGACCGGUCCGGUAGGCUCUGGGAAGAGCUCUUUCAUUAGUAGACUAGCCGGAAUUCCAGAAGAUAGAAUCGGUGUCGGCCACUCCUUGGAGCCGUGUACAUCCUGCGUUCGUGAAUUCCGUUAUGUUGAUCAACAGAGUGGCAAGCGGGUCACCCUCCUGGACGUCCCUGGGUUCCUACAUCCGUCACUGAACGACAAGAAGAUUUUAAAGAUGAUUGCAAGCUGGCUGAAGAAUGCGUACAAAGGCAAUGCCGCUCUUGCCGGUAUCCUCUACCUUCAUUCUGUCGCGCAUCCGUUUAUUACAGCCGUCUCCCCCAUGAAGUUCUCUCCCCUCCGUAAGAAAUGUGGAGGAAGCAUUAUAUCAAAACUGACUCUUGUCACUACCAUGUGGGACACCGUGUCGCAAACAGAUGGCGAGGUGAGGUUGGCGGAAUGCGAGAGGGUAUGGCGGCCCGUACUUCGUCCAGGCGAACCAGUACCUCGAUACUUGAACACGCACCAGUCCGCAAGGGAGAUCAUCCAGCGCCUUCUCUCGUCUUGA